AUGGGCAAAGUAUAAGGCAUUCUCUCAAUGGAUACAUACUUAAUCAAAAAAGGAAGAUUAAUCGCUACCACAGUUUAAGGAAAUAAACUAUCAGAUCAAAAUAUAUUGACCUAUUAAUGGUUGCAUUAAAAUUACAAUUCUUUCAAAGAGAAUUUCAACAAUUAAGUAAAGAUAAGAGGCUUUUAUCUGAGGCUGUGUAUCGUAGACAUCCUGUAGAUACUCAGUUCUCUUAUAAAAUUAGAAUCUAAAUAUUUGUAGGGAGAACAAUUACGAGUGCUUUAAACCAAAUAAUACAAUAAUACUGUAUUAGACACUUUUGUCUUUAAGGAAAACAAAAAGAUAGAUACUCGAAAUCUAGGAUAUGUAAAUAAGAAUUACAUUAGCAGAUUUAGAGAGGAUACAACAAUAAAAUAUUUAUUAUUUAAGCUUGGAUUUAUUGGAUGUGUUUAAAAGUAUCUGGCAGAUAUAAAAGAUCUGCAUCCUUUGAUAAAUGCUCAAAUUAGUUAAUAAGGUUGA